AUGGACAACAGAUCCAGCAAUGCGGCCACGCACGACUACGAGCUUCUCGACAAUGUGUCUGCGCCGAGCAUGCAAUCGAGAAAUCGGACCCAGAGGCUGUCGACAGAUGUGACCGAGUACUCACCCGCUGUGGACCAACAUCGCAUGAAGUCCGAGCGCAGCGCAUUGCAGGAACAUGGCGAAGAAGAAACGAAGCCUCCCUCUCAACGAAAAUCCCGUAGUAUGUUGGAUGUCUUCGCUGGCUGGUACAAGGAGGUCCUCUGGCUCGUCUUGAGUAUAGUCAGCCUGAUCGCACUUGCCAUGUUCCUCGACCAUUUCGAUGGGCAGCCACUACCCAGACUACCUUCUGAAAUUACCCUCAACACUAUCCUCGCUAUUCUGUCAACAAUUUGUCGAGCAUCCUUCGUGGAGCCCGCAAUGCAAAGUAUUGCUCAAUUGAAGUGGAUAUGGUUCAAGCGACGUCCGCGGCCACUCCGAGAUUUUGAAGUCUUUGACAAGGCCAGUCGGGGGCCCGGAGGUAGUCUCCAACUGGUGUUCUCUACAAAAGCAUGGCUUGUCGGCUUCCUGCCAGCACUGCUCAUUGUUUCGGCCAUCGCUACUGGCACGAUCACGCAGUCCUCGAUCGCGUACCUAGAGCGACCUGUGGCGGUCGCAGGAGAGGGAAAUGCCGUGAUGCGACGGACCGAUGCGUUCUAUUUUGCGUCGGCCAACUUGCAGUCCAUGAUCGCCCUCGACACGCCAAUAAGUGCUGCGGUAACCCAUGCAAUCUCGACUCCACAGACUGAGCGGAUCCAAUACGGAAGUCCAGAUUGCCGUAGAAGUAACUGUACUUGGGACGAGUUUAGUACAUUGGCUAUCUGUGUCGACAUGAGGAAUGUGACGGACCAACUCGACGUGGAGUACCUCUCAGAGACCCAUGUUUACCACGCGAACCUGACACUGCCAAACAAUAUCACCUACAAGAACCCCGGCGCAUAUGGCGGCGUGGUGAUUGAGCCGGGCACGACUCUGAGCUUCCCGAACGGCACAGACCAGAAUGCAUCCAGCCUCACAAGCCUCUUUCUACUAAGGCAAGACUCCACGGCGAGGCGCUUCAGGGCGACCGAAUUCGCCUUUCACUGGUGUGUCAACUCCUACGCCGUCAACAUCACAGACAACGUGCUUGACGUCAACUUAGUGGGCUCGAGCGCACGCACAGAAUAUGGAGAAACACAUGUGCGACUGUACAAUAUAACACAAAACAUGACUUACCUCACCACUGACCGUGAUCUUGGGAUCAAGUACCCUGUAGGUGGUAACGGAGUCUCCGAGAUUGCAGGCAUUCUCGAAGGCGCCCUGACUGGCAACUACACAGACUAUGGCGCGCCAAAUUUUGGCAAUGGUGCAGAGAUAUUCGCUGCUUCUCUGCACGCGAACACACUGAUAAACCUGGGGUACAAUCACACGUCGACCGAGGAGUUUGACGAGGGUGAGUGGGUGGCUAUGGACAACAUGACGCGGAACCUUGCCACGAGCUUGACGAAUGCGCUUACCGACCGCGGCCUCACCGUAAACGGCACAGCCUGGGAGACAGAAACCUACGUCUCCGUUCGUUGGGAAUGGCUCUCCUUGCUGAUCGCGCAGGUCGCCCUCUCGGUUGUCGUGUUGGUCUACGUCAUGGUGGCAACGUUCAUGAGCGGCGUUGGGAUCAUCAAGUCGGAGCCGCUGGCGCCGUUGUUCAGUAUUCCUGGGGAGGAGAAGUUGGCGUUGGAGAAGGAGAAAGGGAAUGGACGGGGGGAUCAAUGGGAGGGAGGGGAACUGGUGAGGGCGAGGCGAGCUGGGCUCGAUGUGGUUGGCGAAGGCGGUGGGAUGGAAGAGGUGUUGAGGAGGGAUCUGUGGAAGGUGCAGUAG